UAUAAUAUAAUGGAAAGACGCGCAUUCAACCAUAUAAUGUCAACCUGUAUACGCACAACUGUCUAUCUCCACCUUACAAAUUAAAAAAAACAUUUAUUAAAAUACUUUUCCAACAGUAUUCUUCCACGAACAUUCUCUUGUAUAUAUAACACUCAUGUCUUCUUGGAUCUUCUCCUAAGUUUUACAACUAAGUUCUCCUUUUUCCCCUCAAACAAUAAACUUCCACCUUUCUUCACGUAAUGGGAAACUACGUUUCUUCAGCUCUAAGCAAAACUUCUUCUUCAUCUUCUUCCUCCCCGGCGGCGAGAGUGAUUCUCCCUGACGGUGAAGUCCGUCAUAUCCACGAGCCGACUAAAGCCGCCGAGCUAAUGAUGGAGAUUCCAAGCUUCUUCCUCGUCGACGCAAAAUCUUUAAAAAUCGGUCGGAAGUUUAAUCCGUUAGCCGCCGAUGAUGAUCUUCAAAUAAAAGGAUGCCAUGUGUACAUCGCUUUUCCUAUGACGCGUGCCACGUCAGCAGCUAACGCUUCGGAUAUGGCAAGAAUAUUCGUAGCCGCCAAGAAACAGCACCGCCAGACUAAAUCUUCCGGUGUCGGAACAUCUGUGAAAAGCUGUCAUAACGGGAAGGUGUCGCCGGCAGAAGGAGAAGAUGACGUCAAGAUGAUAUCAGCGGGAUCAAAGCUGAACUUGGAAGACAUAGAAGAGUUUUCGGCGGCGGAGUUUAUGCAUAGAAUCUCUGUUUCCAAAUCUAAGAAGCCGAAGUUGGAAACUAUAGUUGAAGAAUCUUUGUCUUAACGAACACAUAAAAAUCAAAUAUAAAUGGAAAUUUGAUUUUUUUUUUUUUGUUCAAAUGUUAUUAAUUUAUUUUUUGUUCAUUAUCCUCUAUGCGCAAGUGGUUUCUCUUUGUGGUAUUGAUGAACAGAAAGAGACAUUAGUUGAGAAUGAACAUGUGAUCGCUUCAUUUUUU